AUGGACGAAAAAGGCAAAUUCACAUUAAAAGAACCUUCUACGGACCCGAAUUACCGCUCUCUAUAUUCAUGGCCGACACCUAGAACAUGGAUUGUACCAGAAAUAUCAGUAAUCAGUCACCAAAAUGUCAAAAGUCCACAAAGGUCAAAAGGCCAGGAAGGACAAGCAAGUAUGGAGGGUCUUCGAGGCCCAAUGGGUGAUGUAGGAAAAUCCUCAGCACAAAGUUCUACCAGUUUAGCUGGUCCUUCAACAUUUCCUAUCGAAGCAGAUAUUGUUCCUGGUACAUCUGGAACGUCAGGAACAGGUAUGUCAAGUAGUGCAAGUGUCGAAGUUUCGCGAAGGUCAAAAUGCCAGAAAAGACAAUCAAGUAUCGAUAAAAGCACCCAACGUACUCGAUAUUCAAAGAAAGAUGGAGAUAGGACCUCUGCACAACAACUUGACAGCCUUGCUGAUCUUUCAACAUUGCCGGUGGAAUCAAGCGUGUCAAACAUAUUGGAGCGAAAUGAACAUAUUGGAACGGAUAAAACGCCCAACAAUAACUCCUUAAACUUCGAGCAACGAUUAUCGGACCUUUUGACAAAUCUCAUCAAUCAUCGAACUUUGCAAAUGGACGUGGAUAAACAUAAAUCUUCUCCCAGUGAAAUAAUAGAAAAUAGCGCAUUAUUCUUCCAAAUGUUAGACAAAGUGGCCGAUGUUUUCGUUGACAUGCCCGAUAAUAUACUAGAACAAUUAUCUGGUUAUGAUAUUGAUAAACAUAACAAAAUUAUGUCAAUGACUAUCAAAUUUGAAUCAAUUUUAAACAAAAACAUCGAUUUUAAUGAAAAGAGAGAGCUAAAAAAUUCUGAAAAUGCUAAAUCUACUGAUGAAAUCAUGAAUAAUAAAGCUAAUGGUUUGCCCGCAAAUCAUAACCCAAGCACAUCGACAUUUUUCUUAACAAAUAAUGAUAAUAUGGGAAUGACUUACACAUGUAACAAUCACGUCAAUAAUGAAACACAGAUUAAAGAGAAUGAUAAUAAUGAUGAUAUAGCCGCAAAUUGUCGGGCAAGCACGUCAAAAUCUGUCUGUGAGCAUAAUGGUAGUAUUGUCACUAAUACCGAAAUACUAAAUAAUGAUGUCAAUAAUAAAACAGAUGAUAUAAGGAAUAAUGUUAAUAAUGAUUUAGGUCAACAUAGCUUAGCAAGCACAUCAAAAUCUCUCUUGAUUAAUAAUGAUGAUAAAGUCAUUAAUAACGACCCACAGACUAAUGAUGUGAGUAAUGAAACGGCAACUAGAGGGGUACAUAAUGAUAUAAUACAACAAAAUUUGGCAGACACGAUAAGAAGUAGUAAUGAUGAUGCAGUCAUUAAUCUCCCAUCGAAUAAUAACCUUAUUAACGAAACAGAGAGUAGAGAUAGAUAUAUUAAUAAUUAUUUACCCGAUCACAUUAAUAAUAAUGAUAAUAUCGACAACAAUAUAGGCUUAACAAGUAAUGAUGCCAGUAAAUAUACUGUGAUCAAUGAAACACAUGCUAAUAAUUAUCUAGCAGCAAAUUCCUUGAAAAUAAAAAAGGAAAUUUACGAUGGUGUAAGCGAAGAAUGUGCGAAAAGAAAUAAAAAAUAUUUUAUAGAACAUGAUGAUACAGUGAUAAUUAAUGAUAGUGAUAGUGAUAGUACAGAAAUCUUAACGGGGUUAAGUGAUAGUAAUGAUGAUGUUGAAGCAAUGGCCCCUUUAGAUAAUGAUAACUUACAUCAACAGUCAUCUGAAAGUACCAGAAACAGUCCAUUAUCAUCGUUUGAUGAUGAUAGUGAUGAAGAAUUUAAAGAAUUGGACAGGAAAUAUAAGAGGCUAGUUAAUUCUUACGAUGAAAUUGAAACAAAUAUUACAGAAGAAGCAAACGUUGAUAAUAGCCCAAUAAAUGACAACGUGCUAAAUGCUCUUAGAACGAUAUUUAAAUUCGAGAAGUUUAAAGAAGGCCAGGAAGAAGUUAUACGAGGUGUCGUGGAGUAUGACCAUAACUACCUCGUAAUUAUGCCGACAGGUAGUGGUAAGUCGCUGUGCUACCAACUGCCGGCGGUGUUGUCGGACGGCGUGACCGUCGUCGUGUGUCCGUUGCUAUCGUUAAUACAUGACCAAGUUCUAAAACUGAAAGCGCUUAAUAUCAAAGUGGAAGAUUUCAGUGGUGAUUUAAAGAAGGCAGAAAAAGAGCGCAUAAAGACAGACUUGAAAUCGGACGAACCGACAACCAAACUGCUGUACGUGACGCCGGAGAAACUAAGUUCGAAGGGCGAGUUGAACAGCAUCCUGCAGUCUCUGUACGCCAGGAAUAAGAUUAGUAGGUUCGUGAUCGACGAGGCGCACCGCAUCACGGAGUUGGAGAAAGAUUUUCGGAAAGCGUUCAAAGAGCUGGGCGAGCUGCGGAAAUCGUUCUCGCGAGUGUCGAUCACCGCGCUCAGCGCUUCCGCCGGCCCGAGCACGUGCGACGACAUCGUCAAGCAGCUGGAGUUGGAAGAAAACCACGUGAUGCAACGCUUGAGCUUGGACCGGCCGAGUCUCUCAUACUAUGUGGUGGAGAAGACCUCGACGUGGACCUAUCAAGAUGUGGCGGACAUGAUAAGAACUAAGUAUAUGGGCCAAUCAUGCAUCGUAUAUUGUCUGUAUAAAGAGGCAACGAUGAAUAUGGAGCAAAUUCUGAACAAUAAAGAUGUUGUAGCAAAGGCGUAUUACACCGAUAUGAAGAAUCGUAUACAAGUGCAUUCCGAAUGGCAGUCGGGUACUUUCCCUGUGAUCUGUGCGACGAUGAGUGCGUUCGGGCAGGGCAUAGACAAGGCGGGGGUGCCCCUGGUGGUGCACCUCGACCUGCCGGACUCGCUGGUGCAGUACAGCCAGCAGGUGGGGCGCGCGGGGCGCGGCGUGGACGCCCGCUGCAUACUGUACUACGACCCGCACUUCAACCCGCAAAAGCCCCGCUACCCCCGCAGCCAGACUCGUGAUAAGCGAAGGGAGCAGCAAUUGUUACAACAAAUGUUAGCGUACUGCCAAAACACAACAAAAUGUCGCCGGCUGCAAAUACUCGAAUACUUCAACGAUCCACAGCCAGUGGAAUGCGGCGGAAGUCGGGCCCUUUGCGAUAAUUGUGAACGGAAACGUACAAAUCAGAAUGUGCAUUCUAAA